AUGGAGAUCCCCCUGUGGACCCUGUUGUUGCUGUGUCUCUUUGUCCCAGGGCGCUGUGACUGCCAACGGGACUGUCUCUCCUGCGGACGACUCCUUCCCGAAGAGCAGAGCUACAGCGCACUGGUUUGUCUCAUUGAGUGCAAGGAAAAAGCCUCUCCAGCCCUCACUUGGGAUCUCUGCCGCCAGUUCAGAGAUCUUUCCCGCUUGCGCUCCUUGUCCGCAGAAGGAGCGGUUCUGAAGAAGGGGGUGGAUCAGCUGCCUGCCUUGUCACCUGUGGAUUUGGAGGAAGGAGAACAACUGUUCUCUGAAGCCCUACAGCGUUUCCACCACGUGGCACGAGCCCUUGGUGCUGACAGAUCGGUCUCAGGGAGGGAAGGAGACGUGGAACUGGAGUCACCGGAGGAGGGCGACACCGAGGACUGGGAUGAAGAGGACAAAGUAGCCGAUGGGGAGUCUGACGGUGCCGGGAUCAGCCUGUCCAAACGCUUCGGAGGGUUCCUGAAAGGCAAGUACGGCUACAGGAAGCUGAUGGGUCCCGGACGGCCACUGCAGAAGCGCUAUGGGGGAUUCAUAGGGAUCCGCAAGUCUGCUCGCAAGUGGCACAACCAGAAGCGCUUCAGCGAGUUCCUCAGGCAGUACCUGGGCAUGAGCACCCUGACCACCGAUGUCACCCGACAGAACGAGAUGUAAGGCCCAACCUGACCACCCAUCCCCCACUUACCUCAACACUCACAGCCGUAGCAACAAUCACCACCACACCCACAUGGAUAAUAAAAACUACAAAUGCAGAUUUAAAAAGCAAAUAAGUGUGUAAUACCUUUUUUCACUGUAUAAUCACUGGAAAUACAAGCAGGAACGGGCAAAUCAAUGCAUAAAAUAUAUCUUCAGACGGAACUCAAGAAAAGCAUUUUGAAAGUGUCACAACGAGUCAAUGCAACAAGUCCUUGUCCAUUUUGUUAAUAAUUACAUACCUGAAUGUGUAAUAAAACCAUUUUGAGAA